AUGGUCCCGAACCUGAUGGUGCUUGCGUUGACCAGCGCCAUAGCCAGCAACACAAUUAGCCAAGCACGUGCUAGCUGGGAAAGUGAGCUAAUGCACAUGGACACAGGAGUACGCGAGGUUUCAGAACGUAGGGACAGAGAGCGAAAGAGAGAGACCGAUUUCUACGUUUCAUUAAGUCCCUCUUUUAUACCUGAUUUCUCUCUCAUAGCUAGGUCUCUCGGGCCUGGCUACAACCCAACGCGAAGCGGCACCGGCCAAUCGGAUGUCUUUGACGUUUGCCAGAUGCCGAGGGUCAACACCAAACUCUCCCUUAAGGGGAAGACGGCGUGUGGCGCAAUGUUCUUUAGGUUCGAUUUCCUCGAUGAUGAUGAACGAAGAAGAGACAAAACUCAUCCGAAGCCCGAUAUUGCUUUGCUUCCGGCGACGAAUGAGCUAGCCGUCUCUUGCGCCACAUGUCUUCUCCCCAAAAUCCCGUCCACUGAUGGUUGCCUCGCUGGCGGAACUGCGUCAUCCACCCCCAGAAUCCAGCAUCCAUCUUCCAAAGGUGUUGCAGUAACACCCGGAGAACAAUCUCAUUAUAGGAUGCCGCGCUCAUCCGCCGCAUGUGAGACAUGUAAAGCGUUAAAGUGCGCGAGGAGAAUCACGGAUAAGAUCAAGAAGAAGUAUGCUGGGUGGCUACUAGCUCAAUCCACGUGCGAAUGUUGGCUAACCUUCGUCAGAUCUGUCGUUGAAAGAGCCAGACUACCUGUAACCGUGAUGACAUCGCCUCCAACACAGGCGCCAUCGACUCCAAAAGACUCCAUGCCCUCAGUUGACGACAGAACCUAUAUGAACCUGCUUGUAGAGCCUGGCAUCUUCCGCGAACCAGUCACCGCUACCCACCGACUUGCAUACCUCGGCGAGUCCUGCAGCAUUGGCUUACUAGGACAUGAGAGCUUCCCUGAACAAUUAGGGUAUUCUUCUGCAACCAACAGUAUCCCUAUCAGCAACAGACUUGAGAAGUUGGACAGAAUCGAAGUCGAAAUCCUGAUUCGGAAAGGAGCUUUGAUGUUGCCACCAAAGUCUCUCUGCGAUGACCUUGUCGAUUCAUAUUUUGAAUGGAUGCACCCCGUCGUUCCUAUCCUGAAUAAAGCGCGCUUUAUGAGACAGUAUUGCGAUCGUAAUAACCCGCCGUCACUUCUCCUUCUCCAGGCCGUCAUCUUGGCCGCAUCACGCGUAUCAAACAAUCCGUUAUUGACAGACUCGAAUGGAUCUACAGUCCCUGCAUCAUGUACUUUUUACAAAAGAGCCAGGGCGCUUUACGAUGCCAAUUUUGAAACUGAUCGAGUGACUGUCGUACAGUCACUGAUCCUAAUUGGAUGGCACUGGGAUGGUGCAGAUCAUGUCGUAAAAAACAUGUACUAUUGGGGUCGCGUGGCGAUUAUUGUUGCUCAAGAUACAGGUAUGCAUCGAAGCGUUCAAGCAUCGCGCCUGAGCAAUGCCGACAAGAAGCUGUGGAAACGGAUUUGGUGGACGCUAGUUACUCGCGACCGUUCAAUUGCUGUUGCCUUUGGGCGUCCGCUUAUGAUAAACCUGGACGAUUGCGACGUCGAGACUCUGCAGCACGAUGAUUUCAUCGACGAGGACGAAGACUACGAGAGAUUUGCUGUCCACACCUACACGCCCGAUCCGGUCCACGUACACUUCUUCCUGCGGUAUGUCGAGUUAUCGAAGAUCAUGGGCCGAAUUCAGUCGUCGCUAUAUUCAACACUGCCUACAGGUCAACAGAACAUGCCCGAGGUGCUUCGCAUAGACAGAUGUCUCGCCGACUGGCUCCAGAAUUGUCCCGACAUUUUGCUCUGGCCUAGGCACCGACAGAACUUUUGGGCGUCACUCAUUCACCUAAACUAUUACACCGCAGUAUGCAUGGUUCAUAGAUUUCCCUUGUCCACCGGCAGCUCAGAGACCAAGCUUCACAAUUCUCGGAACCACCCUUCCAGGGAGAUGGCAUUCCACGCUGCGGCAAUGAUAUCAUUGAUUGUCAAGGACCUGGCGGAGCAAGACCAUCUACGGCACUGCCCUGCUUACAUUGUACAUACGCUAUUCUCGGCAUUCGUCAUGCACCUAUAUCAGAUGAGGUCACCGGAAUUAUGUGUCAGACGAGCCGCACAAGACCGGCUGCACAGCUGCAUGCAGGUGACCAGGAAAAUUUCACACGUUUGGUUGAUGGGCAAGAUGGUAUACAGGGUUCUUGAGUUUGUUGUUGACAACAGACUUUUCGAAGAGCAUUUUCGGAAAAGCAAGGACAUCUAG